AUGACGACCUACGGCCCUGAAAAGCAGCAGUCGUUUGCUGCUGGUCGUUCAUCUUCGACCUCUAGCCAAGCCGGCACGAAAGAGCCGAUCUCUACACCUCUUGUCGACGUGUCAGCCGAUGAGUCGCUCUCAAGACUCAAGAUUCACCUUAUACUCAUCAAUACGGGUAUGCUGAUGUUCCUCGUGGCUUUAGAUAAAACCAUCAUAGGCGUUGCAAUCCCAGCCAUCUCAAACGAGUUCCGUUCGCUCGGUGAUGUCGGCUGGUACGGCUCAGCAUACAUGGCUUCUACAGCUGCCAUGCAACUCGUGUGGGGUCGCAUUUACAAGGCCAAUCCAGUCAAGCCUGUCUUCCUCACCGCCGUUCUCAUCUUUGAGGUGGGUUCAGCCAUAUGCGGUGCAGCGCCAAGCUCCAAUGCUUUCAUCGUUGGGAGGGCGAUUGCAGGGGCUGGGGGCGCAGGUAUCACCAAUGGCCUCAUUUCGAUCGUAAUGUCCAUCGUUCCACUAGAGAAGCGAGCCACGAUUCAGGCCGCGCUUGGUGCCGUGUUUGGUGUGGCAUCUGCAUUGGGCCCUCUGCUGGGCGGAGCUUUUACCACCAACGUCUCUUGGCGCUGGUGCUUCUACAUUAAUCUUCCGUUCGCUGUCGUCGCCGUCCUUCCGGUCAUUUUCCUUCUCGAUGGUAAGAACACGGCUGACAAGGGCAAGACGAUGCUUCCAUUCAAACAGCAAGUUCGGCAAAUCGAUCCAAUCGGAGUCAUCUUGGUGCUCGGCAGUGUCAUCUCGUUGGUGCUUGCGCUGCAGUUUGGUGGCAAAGCCUCGUCCACAACCACACUCAACUCUUGGAACACGCCUCGGGUGAUUGCGCUUUUGGUAGUAUUUGCCGUGACUUUGCUUGCCUUUCUUGGAUGGCAAGUGUACAUGCAGGACCGUGCCCUCUUGCCUCCUAAGGUAUUUGUCGAAAGGUCGGUACUUGGGUCCUUCUGGUACAUGUGGUUUAUCGCCGCAUCAAUGACGGUCGUUUUCUAUUAUGUUCCCGUCUGGUUUCAAGUCGUGCGAGGUCAAACACCCAUCAAGAGUAGUUACAGUACGCUCGCCUCGAUCACACCCUUUUGCGUGUCGAGCAUCAUUGGUGGCAUUAUCACCAAAAAGACAGGAUACUAUGCACCACCGAUGCUCGUACCGCCCAUCGUGGGCUCGAUUGGUGCGGGACUGAUCACUACAUGGUCGUCGACAACGUCUGAGGCAAAAUGGGCUGGAUAUCAAGUACUUUACGGUCUCGGCAUGGGAAUCGGUUUCACCGGAACUUCGCUCGCGGUGCAGGCCGCACUCGCACCGCAAGACGUUCCGCUCGGCAUUGCUGCCGUGUUUUUUGCGCGCGAAAUGGGCAGUGCCAUCUUUGUUGCCGCGGCAGAGAAUCUGCUCUCCGCUCGGCUGGUCAAGGGCCUCGCACAAAUCCCGGAGCUGCAUGGACGAGCUGCGCAGCUGGCACAGGCUGGCGCUUCGGAGAUCCGACAUGCCGUCCAAGGCUCGGGUGCACAGGUGCUUGAGCAGGUGAUCAACGCCUUCGAUGCUGCCCUACGCAACGUAUGGUACUUGACGCUGGGGCUGACAGUAGUGACGAUUCUACCCCUCUUCUUAAUUGAAUGGCUCAACCUCAACACGGUGGCCAAGCAGCGCUCCGAGGAAGCCCAGGCUGCCCAGAAGGAAGUCGCAAAGGUCGAGGAAGCCUGA